AUGGUGGUUUACCUUCUCGGAGGGCGUUUUGUCAAGAAUCCCGAGGAGCCCCCGACAGGCGAUGAAGGCGAAGCGAGAUGUACCGGCUACACUUUUUUCUACGAUCAAGCCCUGACCCUUGGUAUUGGUGGAACAGACCAAUAUCGCACCAAAACGACAUCUUUCCUCAUGAAUAAGGUUGGUGUUUUUGGCUUCGGUUUGAUAACUAACCGUCGGGAGAUCGAGCAUACCGGUCCGAACAAUAAUGUCCAAACCGAUCUCCAUGUUUCUGUGCAGCACACUGAUUAUCAUACCACGGCCAAACAACUGAUGGAGUUCCAAGUCAACUACAUCGUUCCUGGCAAUAAGCUCUUGAACCACACGUUCAAUUUGUUUCAAGUUGGACGAGAGGCGCUGAUUGUCGGUUACAUCACCGGCCAUGAUGAUGAUGCCGAGAUUUGGCAAGUCACGGUUUUGCUGGUGUCAAUAUCUUCGGGAGGCAGAAACUAUGAAGAAAGCAAAGAAGGCAAAGUCUCGGAUGAUGACAACGACAACCAUUUCAAAAACACGUACCCUCCAGGUGAUAAGAACAAUAAGAGGGCUCAAACCUCUCAGACAGGCUCCGGAAUCCUUGCCGAGGCACAGAAGAAGCUCAAGGGCCAACUGUAUCUUGCACACUACGUCCUAUCUCUUUGUACUCAAUCGCUCUAUAACGUCUCGAUUGAGCUCAUGAUCGGUUUGACCGAUCUGGAUUUUGAACAUGUUGGUCUGAGGAACUUCAACCCUAUUCAAGUCGCGAUACUCAGUCCCUCAAGAGACAUUGCUCGCAAUCCGAUUCACCAAUCCGAGUUUCACUUGAAUUCCGAAGAAAAUGCCGCUACCGCAAAGACGACGCUUCGGAGACGUUCAUCGCCAGCAACCAAGAAGGCGAUGAUUGGACUGGGUGCGGUCUAUCGUUCCGAGAAUAACACAGAAGCAUACUUACUUGAUCGAUUCCCUGGGGAUUUUCCUUUCAACGUUGGAUCUAUGAACGAUGCCUGUGACUCCUGCGGAGCUCUUCACUGGAAACUGGAGCGUACAAAGAACGAUAUGUCCAAAGACACCGCCAGUUACUCAAUGUGUUGUGGAAAAGGAUCGGUCGAGAUGCCAGUAAGAUAUGAAGACACUGAAUAUCCUUGGUUUAUGCGGAAACUGCUCACCGAUCUUGAUGAGCGUUCCCUCCAAUAUCAAAGACAGAUCCGCGCAUACAAUAACGCCCUGUCCUUCUCAUCCUGUGGUGCUGAGAUUGACCGAUCGGUUCAAGGUUACGCAGGAAUAUAUACGUUCAGAAUCAGAGGCACCCUCUUUCACGACAUUGGUAGUGUGUUCCCUCGAGGUAGUGCUAGGCCUGCGUUCUCUCAAAUUUACGUCGUGGGGGGUAACGAUGCCCAGGAGGCUGAAUAUCGCGCAGGACAAGCCAGGUCCCCAGUUGAUGUUGAAUUACUUCUACGAAUUCAGCGAUAUUUAUCAAGAAACAACAACGACCCAAAUCUAAAUGCUCGCUACGUUCUAAGAAACUACAACCGGCCUGGACUUAAUCAAAAUGUCUAUAACGCACCUCGGACGCUGGAAGUUGGAAUGGUCAUUGAUAACGAUGAUCCUGAUCAAAUUGCACCAAGAGACAUUGUCCUUAGGCCCCAUGAAGGUGGCCUCUUGCAUAUCACCGAUGAUUUUAGUGGUUAUCUCCCGAUUCGCUAUCCAAUCUUUUUCCCUUUUGGGGAGCAAGGAUGGAUUCAUGGAUUACCAAGUAAUGAAGAUGAAGAAGAAGAGUCGACAAUUUCGCAGCGGGAAUGGUAUGCCUCUAUGAUCUUCGACCGACGAGACAAAUUCUCAGCGAUCCUCCAUGGGAAAAACCUCUUUCAAGAGUUGACGGUCGAUAUGUACUUCUGUGUGGAACGUUCAAGACUCAAUUUCUACCGCUUCAAUCAGGGUCAAAUCAAGGCAGAGCUGUACCGGGGCGUUGAAGAAUCGUUCAGGGACGACAUUGAUGUUCAAGGAAGACGGAUCAUCCUUCCAUCAUCUUUUUCCGGUUCCCCUAGGAACAUGAUGCAGCUGUACCAAGACUCAAUGGCUCUGGUGAGGCAUUUUGGGAAACCUUCACUGUUUAUCACAAUGACUGCCAACCCUCGAUGGCCUGAAAUUCUCGCGGAACUUAAACCAAACGAAGAAACUUCAGAUCGACCUGACUUAAUUGUCAGAGCAUUCCAUUUGAGGUUGACGGAUCUCAUCGACUAUGUGGUCAACAAAAAGAGGCUAGGCAGUGUGGCUGCUUAUGUCUAUACAAUCGAGUUCCAAAAGCGAGGCCUACCCCACGCCCAUAUGAUGGUAAUCUUGGAACCUGGAAGCGUCCCUACAACUCCGGAAGCCAUUGACUGCUUGGUUACGGCCGAAAUCCCAGACCCUCAAUCAGAACCAAGACUCUAUGCGAUUGUCAGCUCUUGCAUGCUUCACGGGCCAUGCAAUUCUAACUCCAUGUGUUGGAAAGACAACACCUGCUCAAAAGGUUUUCCAAAGCCCUUCCAGUCAGAAACAUCCUUGGUCGAGGACUCCUAUCCAAAAUAUCGACGCAGGGACGAUGGCAGACGUAUUGUCAGGAACCACCACGAAUUCCACAAUGGUCAUGUGGUUCCGUAUAACAAGUGCCUAUCGCUACGAUACAAGUGCCACAUAAAUGUCGAGAUCCCUUACGGAAUUCACGGGAUGAAGUACCUUUUUAAGUAUAUAUGUAAAGGUGUUGAUCGCUCUUCAAUGCGAAUGACUGAAGGCAAUGAGACCCUGAAAUUUAUCAAUGGUCGGUAUAUCGGUCCGUCGGAAGCUGUGUACAGGCUUCUCCGAUUUCCUACGAACGAGCGAGACCCUGCAAUUCAGCGCUUAGCCGUACACCUGGACGGUCAACACAGUGUUUAUUUCAUUGACCAUGAGGGACUCCAACGUCAGAUGGAAACUGGUUCUGCGGCCCGAACUACACUUACUGAAUAUUUCCGACUGAACCGCUUGAACGCUAUUGGCUAUGGGGUCCCAGCACGAUCUUUGCUCUACCACGAGAUUCCCAAGUACUUCCGAUGGACAAAGAAGAAGCGAUUCAAGGGUCGUAAGCAAGCCUCCAACAUGAUCGGUCGUCUGUACCAUGCCACCAUCAACGAAGGGGAGCGGUACUUCUUGAGGCUUUUGCUACUUCAUAGAAAAGGCGCCACGAGUCCUGAAGACCUGCGAACAGUCGGUAACAUAACUUUUGAUACUUUUCGAGAUGCCGCAGAUGAACUUGGAUUAUUAGUCAGUGAUCGUCAUUACUCGGAAUCCAUGGCGGAUGCGGCACACUGGAUGACAGGUAGUGGUCUUUGGUUCAUGUUUUGUAUGUUGUUAAUUCACAGUCCGCCGGCAAAUCCAAAGAAACUACUUGAAGAUUUCUUAGAAGAUCUCUCGGAUGACUUGAUGUACCGGCUCGAACAUAGAUACCGUCGUCAGAAUCCAAGCAUUGAAGAUCGGAACUCCUUAUGUUUCUUCUUGAUUCACAAUAUAUUACAAGAACACGGGAAAACCUUCACCGACGUUGGACUCGAUUCAAUCAGCACAAUCACUCACCUGUGGGACUUAUUUGAAACCGACCCAAGUGACGAUGACGAUGUCAAUGUUGAUCAUGCAGCCCGAUUCUUAUCUAUGUCUCAGUGUCUCAAUGAACGUCAGACAAUCAUCAUGGAAACGGUGAUAGAGCUUAUGAACCACGAUGAAUCAGGCCUCAUAUAUAUCGAUGGGCCUGGAGGCUGUGGAAAAACAUACUUGAUGAACACGAUCAUCCAUUACCUGAAUGCCAUUGACAUCAAAGUAGUAACUGUCGCAUCUUCGGGAGUAGCGGGACUCAUGUUAUUUGAAGGCAUGACAGCACACUCACGAUUCAAGUUACCGCUAGACCUCAACUCAUCCUCUCAGUGUAAUUGGAAGAGCAGAACCGCCUCAACCCAAGCACUACAAGACGCCAAGGUCGUAAUAUGGGACGAAAUCUCGAUGCAGAGCAAGUAUGCUGUCAAAGCUGUAGAUCGAGCUUUUCAGGACUUGAUGCAAGAUGAUCGACCUUUUGGAGGAAAACUGAUGAUCUUUGGGGGAGACUUCCGACAAACUUUGCCUGUUGUGCCAGGAGGGACCAUUUUCGAUCAGGCAAGGGAGUGUAUGAUUGCCUCGCCAAUUUGGGACCAUGUCUACACCUUCCAACUGACUCAAAACCAACGAUUGCGUAACUCUUCGGAUCCAGACAAUGCACAAACUAACUCUGAGUUCUAUCACUGGCUGUUAUCAAUAGGGAACGGUUCAAACCAGACUGACUUCUCUGCAGACGUUGAAUUGAAAUACGGAACCGUUUUCAAGCACCAGACACCAUCAUUUGUCAGCAACCAAGCAAUUGCUCAGGUUUAUGGAGAUCUGAGUAACUUAUUUAUCAAUCACGACUACACAAAUAUCCCUGAUUUCUACGCUGAACGACUCAUAUUGGCCCCGCUGAACGCCGAUGUCACCAAAAUCAAUUCUACCUGCAGAGAUCGCAUUCCAGGUCAACUGUUUCUUUCUGAGUCUGUUGACCAGAUGAUGAAUGAGGCAGAUGGCUUAGAAAGUGAUGAAGCAGUUCCUGAAGAAGUAUUGAACACUUUCUCAUUACCCGGCUUCCCUGAACACAAACUGGAAUUGAAGGUUGGUAUUCCAGUAAUCUUACUUCGGAAUCUAAAUCUCAAAAGAGGCCUAUCCAAUGGGACUCGACUCUUGAUUCUUGCUAUAAGACCAAAGGCAUUGCGUUGCAAGAUCCUCAGUGGAUGUUGUGUUGGUAAAGAAGUAAUCAUCCCUAAACUCAAACUCACUCAUGAAGCCGACCACGUAUAUGGCGUAUCAUUUUCACGAUAUCAAUUUCCAGUCUCAGUAGCCUUUGCCUUAACAAUCAACAAAGCUCAGGGACAGUCGUUAUCAGUUGUUUCCGUUUACUUACCUCAACCUGUAUUUGGCCAUGGUCAACUUUACGUUGCUCUGUCCCGAGUGACCAACUUGAACGGGUUAUCAAUCUGCAUGGUGGGUGAUCCAGAUCUUCCUUCGAUCACUACAAACGUUGUCAAUCUUGAUGUAAUACGAAGAUGUCAUGGAACUUCUGAGCCCAACAGCCUAUCUCAGGUUCAGAUCCGAGUUCCUAGGGAUCCCGCGGCGUUAUACGCCGCGGGUUCCCUAGUCACAAUCUUAUCAGAUCCCUCAUUAACUGAGACCUUGUUGAAGUCCUUCCGACAAUGGGCUGGUGAGGAACGUGAUGCAGCAGGCUUCUACUCAUCAACCAGUGGUUCUAUGAUUGGAGGAAUGGAACUUGGAGAAUUCAAAGAUUGCUCUAGUCUUCAAGAAGACGUCACUGAACUAUCAAACUGGAUCGUCGAUAACUUGAAAUCUCGGACAAAAUUCAAACAUUAUACUCUGAAUGGUCGGGAAUCUGCUGAUUACGACGAUUAUUGUUGA